AUGGCCGACACCGAUUACAGCGCCGAUUACGACGCAGCAGCAUUCGACUUCAAGCUCUACCGCUACGACCCAUCCUUACCAGCAGCAAUCGUUAGCGUGGUUGUUUUCGCCAUCCUCACAGCAGCGCAUACAUGGCGAUUAUUCCGAGUACGAGCAUAUUACUUCACUGCCUUUACAAUCGGUGGUCUCUUUGAGACUAUUGGUUACGCUGGUAGAAUAUGGAGUCACUUCGAUAAACUCUCGGUCGGUGGCUUCGUCCUCCAAGCCAUUCCCAUCCUCGUCGCGCCCGCCCUUUUUGCUGCGUCAAUUUACAUGAUCCUCGGUCGCCUCAUUCGAACCGUCGGCGCGUCUCACCUUUCGAUCAUACCCGUCCAAUGGGUUACACGCAUCUUCGUUACGGGGGAUGUCAUCGCGUUCAGCUUACAAGCCGGCGGCGGUGGAAUCCAAUCUGCUGGAACACUAGAUCUCUACAACAUAGGCGAGAAGAUCAUCAUCGCCGGUCUCUUGGUACAGAUCGUCAUUUUCGGCUUUUUCGUCAUCACAUCAGUUCUAUUCCACUACCGCCUUCUCAAAUUCCCAACGCCCGAAUCAUUGCGCGGCGACGUUCCCUGGAAGCGAUAUCUAUACGUUCUUUAUGCAUCGAGCAUUCUUAUCCUCGUCCGAAGCAUCUUCCGUGUGGUGGAAUAUCUUCAGGGCAACGACGGCUAUCUUAUAUCGCACGAGAUCUUCUUAUAUGUGUUUGAUGCUAUCCUGAUGGCGCUGGUUAUGGUCAUUCUGGUUGUUUGGUAUGUCGAGUCCAUUCAAAAGGAUGUUAAGAGUUCGGAUAUGGAGAACACGGAGUUGUCUUCGUACGAGGUGCCCGAAGUCGACGACGAUGACGACGACGAGUCAAGUGCUCUGAAGAAAGACCCAAAUGUCGCGCUUGUCAGCGACGUGGAGCUCAAUGCGAGUAUCCUUUUCCUGAAGCGAGUCUCAUCUAUCCUCAAAGACCACACAAAUGAAUCGACAUACGGUGUGAGAGAUAUGGCUCUUCUUCACCACUGGACUAUUUCGACAUCUCACCAUAUCUACAAGAACUCAGCGCUGUCGGUUCUUUUCCAACUCAACUUUCCACAGAUUGCUUUCAAGCAUCCAUUUGUGAUGCAGGCUAUGCUCGGUCUUACAGCACUUCAUAUCGCAUACCUCGAACCUGAGCAGAGACUCAGCCAUGCGGCAGAAGCAUCCCGAUAUCACAACCAGAGCUUACAAGGUUUCAACGAAGCGUUGAAGCAUGCGAAUGACGAAACAGCGAAUGAGUUAUUCGCAUGGUCGUCUCUCAACCUCCUCUAUGUCUUCGGCGUCUCAGGACGUCUGGGCGAAGGUCUCUGGGACGAGUCAGAAUGGGGAAACCGCAAAGAUAGGAUCUUAGGCUUGGGCUGGAUCCCAAUGCUUCGCGGAGUCCAAGCUGUUCUGAGCCCGUCAUUCUAUACUCUAUGUGGGGGGCCAUUGGGAGGGCUUAUGAGUAUCGGUAAUUGGGAUCACUUGGAUGUUGAGAAAGCUGACCAUACUGAGGACCAGCAUUUUUGUCAAACUCGCGAUGUAUGGAAGGACAAUCCUGAUGCGCAGAGUUAUGAGGAUACGUUGCACGUUUUGAGGCGGUGUAGGAUGUAUAGCGCUCAGUAUUCUGGGCUACAGGCCGAGUCGCCUGAUCAAGCGAUAUACAACAUGUCGUGGCAGGGACCUUUUCUCUUUGUGCCCUUUGCACCUGAGUCGUACUUUACUUUGUUACGGCAGAGACAACCGCCAGCUCUGAUUCUGUAUGCAUUCUACGGUGCGCUUUUGCAUCGGUUCAACAAUGAUUCUUGGUUCAUGGAAGGCUGGGGGUACGAUAUUGUGGAAGUAGUAUCCGAUUUGCUGGGUGCGUAUUGGAGAAAAUGGAUAGCUUGGCCUCUUCAGGUGGUUGGUCUAUAUAAUCAAUAA